CGUAGUUCUGGUUCUACAGUUACUGAGUCUAAUACUGAGUCUAAUACUGAGUCUAAUACUGAGUCUAAUACUGAGUCUAAUACUGGUCAAUGCUAGGCCUGCUCCUGUAUCUCUGAAGCCCAUCUAUGCUAUAGUCAUCUCUCCCAUGUCUGCUGAAAGCUUGGACACCCAGGCCGCCAACCUCAUCAAGGCAGGCCACUACAGUGCAGCUAUAAGGCUCUACACCAAAGUAUGCUGAGUCCUCUCACCGGCAAAGUCUUACAUCAGCUCAUCAAUGCAUCCAUUGCAUCGCCAGACAUCAUUCGCUUUGACAGGCGAGCAUCCUGCUAUGAGAAUACGGGCCAGCUGCAAGAAGCCCUGGAAGAUGCAAAACGCAUGCUCCAAAUUGACAAGCACAACAUCAAGGGCUAUCUGAGGGCAGGCAAGAUCUACCAGCUCAUGAACAAGGACGAGUCGGCCCUGAAAUACUAUGAUCGUGGUCUCACCAACACGCCAGACACGGCGCCGUUGCGUAAAGUACUUUCUCAAAUGAAGACUGCAGUCGAAAAGCGUAUCCGAGGGUCUCGCAUAGAACGAGAUCCAUUCACACUGCUUCCAGUGGAGAUUGUCUGGCAAAUAUUCAGCAACUGCAGUAUGGCUGACUGUGUGCGUGCCAGCAGAGUCUCCAAGGCCUGGCACAGGACCAUCACCAAAUCACCUUAUUUCUGGCAGUACAUGGACUCUACAGGCCAUGCCAAAGUCCCAAAUUCCAAAGCCCUUGAGACGUAUGUCAUACGGUCAAGGGGCACACUCAAGACACUGCGUAUCGAGGCAGACAUCAACAAGCUCGUGAUGCAACGCGGGCUCGGCUCACAGCUCACGAAUCUGCGCUGUGGUUUGAAUGAGGGUUCGUACCCCGCCCUGCGAACCAUGAAACAGCUGCAGGUGCUCGACUUGGCUGGGCCUUCCCCUUUUGAUCGCUGCCCCAAAUUUCAACAGGCGGCCCAAAUCAUCUCUGCCUUGCCAAAUCUCCAAACCUUUUCCGCGCAUAUCCUCGCAACGGCCAGACGACUAGACACGUUUGCUGAGAUCACCGCGCCCAAUCUGCAAACGCUACUGCUAGUCUUUCCUAUCGGCGGGCAGAUGCUGGAUGGUGCCUCCCUAACAGAUGCAGCACAAUGGAAGAUGCCAAAGUUGGAAACCUUCUUUUUGGCUGGGAUUGGCGCUUUGUUGUGGCCAGACGAGAGACGUGUUGCUUGGCCUCCGACCCUGAAGAAGAUUCAGUGCACAUUUGACCUUCGUACUGGGCAAAAUGUUGUGCCAGGUGCCCUCAUCGAGCCUGCUGUGCCAGAUCACCUAGAGCAUUUCUAUUGGCGCACAACCACUGAAAUGCCAAAGACCAAGUCAGGCAAGUAUCCACCGCUCAAGACGCUCAUCUUCCAUGACCUCAAGUCAUUUGGUCGUCCUGUUUGGAUGGACUCUGCCUGGGCCUCGUUUGGCCAGACCGUCACACGUCUUGAGUUCUCCCAUUGCGAAACGGAGUCUGAGAAGCUGCAGUUUUAUGUUCGGUGCUUCCCGCGUUUGCAGUGGCUUGGAUGUUCCCAUGCCAAGUAUGUUGACGGGGACGUGCUCAAUGCCGUUGGUGAUACGUGCAGCACCCUCAGGACAAUAGAUCUCGGUGUAUGUAAUCGAAUUGAGUCGGCGGCAGUGCUCAGACUGACUAAGCUGCAGCCUGAUUUGCGUCGGCUGAUCAUUGACAAGGGAGUCCUUGCGCCUGAUGUGCUGACAUGGCUGCGCAAGACUCGCGGUGUCUCUGUCACACAGCUGCCCAAUUCUAGGUAGCAGCAAUCUGUUGACUUCUUCUGCCUUCCCAUCUGAGCCGGCGCCUCGGACUCUCGCUCCC